UCACCACUAGCUGCGCAGUGCAAACAACAUUUGGCAUCUCUACUGUUUAUCAUUUUUCUUCAUCCGCUGAAGUGAUGGAUUUGAGUGAUAAUAGCCAACUGGAGGAUCAGUACUUUGUUUACAAGCAUGAUCAGCUAUUCGGCGAGAGUUUCCCCCUGUUCAAGGAGAUCCGCAGAAUGGGCAAGCUGUGCGAUGUCACCCUAAAGGUUGAAGAUCAGACCUUCUCCGCGCACCGCGUUGUGCUGGCGGCCACCAUCCCGUACUUCUAUGCGAUGUUCACCAACAACAUGGCAGAGAGCCGGAUCAAGGAGAUCACCAUGAAGGAGAGCGCCAUAGAGCCGAGUGCCCUGGAGAGUCUCAUCAACUAUGUUUACAGCGGCCAAGUGCGCAUUGACAACCAGAAUGUGCAGAGCCUGAUGGUGGGCGCCAGCUUCCUGCAAUUGUCCAACGUCCGGGACGCCUGUGCCAGUUUCCUGAUCUCCCGCUUCCAUCCGCACAAUGUCCUGGGAAUCCGCACCUUCGCCGACUCCAUGAUCUGUCGUCAGCUAAUCGACGCUGCCGACAAGUACAUUGAUCAAAACUUUGCCAAAGUCUCGCAGUCGGAGGAGUUUCUCGCCCUGGACUGCGAACAACUGCUGGAGCUGAUGCGCCGGGACGAACUCAACGUACGCACCGAGGAGGUCAUCUUCGAGGCCUGCAUGAAGUGGGUCAAGUACGCAGAAGACAAGCGCUCUGAGCUGUUUCCCCAGGUUCUGGCUGCCGUUCGUUUGCCAUUGCUCUCGCCGCAGUUCCUGGCGGAUCGUGUGGCACGCGAGGAGCUCAUCCGAUCCUCGCACCAAUGCCGUGAUCUCCUAGACGAGGCCAAGGACUUUCACCUCAUGCCCGAACGCAGGGGACUGCUGCAGAGCUUUCGCACGCGCCAGAGGUCCGGUGAGUUCUUUACCGGGCAAAUAUACGCCGUGGGAGGACUGGCCAGCACUGGGGAAUCUGUGAGCACGGUGGAGAUAUACGAUCCGCUCACCAAGAAAUGGAAAAUGGGCGAACAAAUGUCAAUGAUGAGAUCUCGCGUGGGUGUGGCCGUUCUCAAUGGCAAGCUGUACGCCUUUGGUGGAUUCAAUGGUACCGAACGUCUGUCCACCGUUGAGGUAUACGACCCGCGCAAAAACAAGUGGUCCCAAGGCUGUGCCAUGCUCUGCAAACGCAGCGCCGUGGGCGUGGCCGCAUUGGAUGACUGUAUCUAUGUGUGCGGCGGCUACGACGGCGUCACCUCGCUCAAUACCGUUGAAGUUUACUAUCCCAAGUCUAAUACUUGGAAGACUGUUGCGCAAAUGAUGAAAUAUCGUUCAGCUGGUGGAGUUACCCAAUUAAACGGCUACGUCUACGCCCUUGGCGGUCAUGAUGGGUUGUCUAUAUUCGAUUCGGUAGAGCGGUACGACCAGAACGAAGACGUCUGGGUGAAGAUGUCGCCCAUGCUGAAUCGUCGCUGUAGACUGGGCGUGGCCACGCUGAACGGGAAGAUUUACGUGUGCGGCGGCUACUGCGGCAACUCAUUCCUUCGAUCCGUAGAGUGCUACGACCCCCAGACGGACACCUGGAAGCUGGUGACACCCAUGAAUUGCAAGCGCUCGCGGGUGGCUCUGGCCGCCAACAUGGGCAAACUGUGGGCCAUCGGCGGCUAUGAUGGCGAGUCAAAUUUGUCCACAGUCGAGGUGUACGAUCCGGAGACCGAUAAAUGGACAUUUAUGCCGCCUAUGUGCGCACACAGUGGCGGCGUCGGAGCCGGCGUCAUACGGAUCGAGUAACCCGAUCGGUUGGUCUGCCAAAUCUGUUUCUCUAGCCACUCUCGUCUAAGGUAAUUUAUGCGUAUUGAAUCGAUAUAGUGUAGCCUAGAUAUGUUGAGUGUAUCCAAGCUUUAGCGGCACUUCUUGCGGCCGCCUCGUGUGCAACUCAGCUCAGCUCCUCCAGCUCUUUUUUUUAUUAAUCUCUCAUAUUAAUAUCCGCGGACAUUGCAACUUUGAUUGGGUUACAAAUCUUUUUAGAUUGAGACGUCAAUGGAGUGUCACUCUCUGCCAGCAGGCAAUUCACCUAGCUCGGAGCUCGACCCUGUUCCAUCUUGAAGAUUUUCAUGUUUGUAGCAUUGCCAUGUUGCUAAUAUUUGAGGAGUUUUCGGUUGUGUGGAUAGAUGCUGCACAGCGCAAAACUAGCCGUGUAUUUUUUCUGCUGCAAACCUGUUAAAAUAGUUAUUAACGUUGUCUUACAUCCAGUUCUUAAGGUCUUGUACAGCUUCAAUUCCCUUGAUUCUCCUGAAUAUUUCAGAAUAUCUCUUAUAUCCAUCAUUGGUCAAUCCAUCGCUUCCUGCAGCUUGUUCGAUGUAUUUGACUGGUGCCAGUCCAUACAAAUUCGCAUGCAAUGGACAGGACCCGUGCAAAAGCCCUAAGCUCCUCUGGGAUAUCUUCAGCUCCUUCCACCCUGCUCCUACAGAUGACCAGUGAAAGAAUAUCCAAGGAAAGAAUACUGUUUCCAUAGGCAUUAUUUAACCCAAACAAAGCGUCCGAACAUGGAGGAAUUGACUUGAUUGUGUAGUUGGGAUCUGAUUGCUCAUACGAGCUCCCAUUAACGAGAUGCAAUUUGUUUUUGGGAAGAAACUUAUCAAUGAAAAGUUUAUCAUUCCAAUUAUCAAGUUCAGCCCCAUCAGAUGGGCCUUGGAUAUAAAUUUUCAGAGAUCUUGGAUAUAAAUUUUGCGUAGUCAGCAUCUGAAACAGACCGGCUACUAAAUAUUUAGCUGGAAGAAUGAUGUUUCAAUUUUUUGUUAGAUAAUCUAUGAAUGCAACAAAAAAGUAGAUUGCCAAGUUUUUGAGUACACUUAGUAAUGAAUAUUUCAAAAUGAACGGUAUGUCAAGAGUUGUUAGCGUCUAAUGCAAUGAUUAUCAGAUGAAACAAUUAGAAAUUUGAAUAUAGAAUUAUUAAUGAUAAAAGUUUUAAUAUAAUGAUAGGAUAUUUAAAUUUAUAAUUUAAAAAAUCGUAAGCUUAGAAAAUUACACCAAAGUAAUGAAUGUAUAGAUAAAUUAAAGCAAAAUUGUUCAUGUAUUACUCACGGUUCUUUAGUGUUUGUCAUUCCAGUUAUAUAAUUGUUUAGUUUCUACGCCUAGCCUUAAAUACUCACUACAAAUGUAAUCCUCCAAAUAAAAACAUGUUUAAUGCAUGUUAUGUGAAAAUUAA